AUGCCGACGUUUCAAGAAAUAGCAGCAGCUUCAGUGCAGUCACGAAGCCGCAUUCGUCAUCACAUCUACCAAACACCUCUCAUCCCCGCCAAGAAGAUCGGCCGUGAUCACAAGGCCAAUGUGCUGUUCAAAGCCGAAAACUUUCAGCUCACGGGAUCUUUCAAAGUCCGUGGUGCCAUGUCCAAACUGUCGGCACCGGGACAAGGUCGAUUAAUCACUGCUUCAUCUGGCAACCACGGCAUCGGCUGCGCUUUGGCAUCGCAGACCUUAUCCAAGAACCUCACUGUUGUCCUUCCCGAGAUCGUCAUUCCCGCCAAGCUUGAUGCGAUCAAGUCAUAUGGCGUCGACGUGAUCCUGCAUGGUGCUGAGGCUGGUGCUUCUGAACAACAUGCCCAGAAGCUUGCGGCCUCGGGUGAUUAUACUUACGUAUCGCCAUACAACGAUCCCGAUAUCAUUGCUGGUCAGGGUACCAUUGGCUUUGAACUACUUGAGCAAUGCGACCAUAUCGAUAACAUCUUCAUCUCCAUGGGCGGCGGAGGUCUUGUCAGUGGCAUCGGAUCUGUCCUCAAAGCAAACAACCCACGCAUCAAAGUCUGGGGUGUUUCGGCAAUAAACUCAAAGGCUCUAGCUGCGUCAAUGGCAGCAGGUCAGGUCGUCGAAACAGAGCAUCUCCACACUUUGGCCGAAGCUGUCGCCGGUGGCAUCGACGAAAACACUAUUACCCUUGGACUGGCAAACGCAGUUGUUGAUGAACUGAUUGACUGCAACGAAGAUGAUAUUAAGGAGGCGUUGAAGGAGCUUGCUUGGUCUGAGAGCAUGAUUGUUGAAGGGUCUGCCGCUUUGGCUCUCGCUGGCUUCGACAAGGUCGCUUCGAAACUGGCUGGGCAAACCAGUGUUGUACUCCUCUGCGGGUCGAAUUAUGAUCAGGCCACGAUUAGUAAGAUAAUCGGCCAAGGAUAA